AUGUAUUUCUUUCAGGCGGAGAAGCAGGGCACCUACUUAGAGGGAUGGUCGAUGCGCCACUUCGCCUUUGACUCGCAGCGGCGCCACAUGUACUACACGGAGCGCGAGAAGCAUUCUCACCGCACCCCCCAUCACAGCCCUCACACCACGGGUGCCGCGCAGUGGUCCUCGCCGGACCAUGUCAUGCCGCCCUGGAAGAAAAAGUUUAAGGUUAGCCGGCUCGUGGUCGUCCCCACCGUGCACGAGUUCCACUUGGAUGACCCGCACCUGAAGGAGACGGACUUCUUCACGCUGGAGGUGCACGGCAGGACCCGGGCCCUCAGUAAGGAGGAACCGCCGAGGGAGCCGCUGCUGCUGUUGCCAGUUGACGACACGGUGCCGCUGAGUGAAGCCGUGGAAACAUCCUACCGUGACCCGUUCCGGCUGUCCCAGCUAUACGAAGUGCUGCGGGAUCAAUUCACUGCACUUCGUCGCAACCUGGGACUGCUUUCGACGCAGUCCGCCACGUCCAUCUCCUCCCAGUCUAUUUCGAGCGAAACGUGUCGUCCGCGUACACUUCAGUCCCCACGCAGCGCCUCCGCGAAGGAGAAGCACAUCAUCGCCAAUAUACGCUGCCGCUGCGAGGAAGAAUUCCGGCAGGUAUGGUACAUCGUGCAGAUGGUGCUGGGCUUUGACAGGCUGGACGUGCGCCCCUAUCGUGGCCUCCCGCCGUAUGACCCACGCAACGGUGUCCCGUUUGGGCACAUUCCCAUGCACCUCUGGCACACCUUCAAGGCGCUGGAGAAGUCGGUCUUUUACAUCUUUCUUCGUGGCGACCUUGUGGGCCGCGAUCACGAGGGGAAGGCGGAGGUGUCGCUGCCAGACGCGCAUCUCUGCAUCACGCACGACAUGUUGCUGGUGAUGCGUGACAAUGGAACAAUCCCGCGUUGGAUUCAUAUGCAGAAUAUAAAUACAUUUGAAUACAACACCGUCGCGAAGCGGCCUUUUUUUGCCCUCCUUACAGACGACCCAUCGCCAGACAUCCUCUUCAUCCCCAAGCCGCCGGAGUACGGCCCCGUCGCCAUCGAGGCUUUCUCCGGGGCAAAUGAGGUGAAUAGGGUGCGAUUUGUCCUGCGGGACACGUGUCUUGCAUCCACCGGCGUCCGCCGUGUGGCGGAGUUUGUCGACGCGAACUGGGCCACCAGCGUGCGUGCAUACUUCAACAAGAAGGAGGAGACACGCCGCUUCAAGUUUGUCCCCCUUGACGGCUUUGAUGAGUCCUUCAGCUGCCUUAUCCCGAAGGUGCACCUGGCGCGGGUGUGGCGCGAGGUUCUGCAGGAGCAAAUUUCGCGCUCGAUGGACGACGUGGCAGCCAUUCCGCUGGAGGCCGCCGGCGGCCACGCACUUCUUUCUGGCACCGACUUGUCGUCCAUGCGGCAGCAGCUAGACGUGGAGCGGGCCCACUCACACGAUGAGAUUGUUGGCAUGCCGCUGGACACGCUGCUCGGCCGCCGCCGCGAGCGGGUGGAGGCGUCGAUGGAGGGGCCAAAGCUCCGCCCCGACAGCUUCAGCCACAACCCCACGGCGGAGAAAGAGGUGGUCUACCAGGAGCCGGGCGCCCAGUACUUGAGCCACGAGGCCGCGACGCCGGCCCCCAAAACAGGCGCCACGCAGAACUUCGGCGUGGAGGGCAAUGUCGAGGCGCUCGUGAACGCGAGCUUCGCCGCCAUGGGAGUCGGCAAGCUGCAGAGUUAA